UCACGUGCGAGGUGUGACUUAUGUCAGGUUAUGCGUUUAUUUAUAUCUGGUUUCUCAGUUGUCCGGUAAAGUAAAUUAGUGAAAAUGGGCAAGAUGAAACGGAAACCGGUCAUAAACGAAAAGAGUGAUUCCGAAGACUCGGAGAAUGACUCCAUGAUAGAGAAUGACACAAGUGAAAACGAAGAUUCAGAGAAGGAUUCUAUGAUAGAAAACGGUACAAGUGAGAGCGAAGAUUCGGAUAGUGAAAAUGAGUCGGCUAGCUUAUCGUCAGAUGAGGAAAAUGAAGAUUCCGGUCAUAGCGAACUUCAACCGGAAGCGUCUAGAAAAAGAAAGCAAAGCACUACUACCUUGGAAUCUGCCAACGCGAAAAAGGUCAAGGAGGACAGAAAACUGUACAAACAACCAACUGUUGAGGAAAUCAAUCAACUUCGUGAAACCGAAAACCUCUACCAUUCGAAUUUAUUCCGUUUGCAAAUACAAGAAAUGCUGAAUGAAGUUCGAGUCAAAGAGAAGUACAAGUCCUUUGCAAGGUCAUGGCUUGAAGAAUUCAACACUUUCCUGUCCAUGCAGAAAUCUAUGCCCGAGAAAGUAGUGGGCACAAAUGCAUUUUUUUUGACCAAGAAAAAGAUUAUUAAGCCAGUAAACUUGAGAAAACUAUAUUCAAAAAAUUUCCACUUUCAAUUCAUUGCUCCUCAAGAAAAAGCAUUUCUGAUUGGAUCAGCUGAAACGGACACAUGGAUAGGUGACAAACUCAUUGCGGAUGUUUGUGUUCCAAUGCCCAGCAAAUGCUUCCAGAAAGAGGACUAUCUGAAUUUAAUCUACGAUCAAAAGCGUGCCUUGUAUUUGGCAUACAUCGCAAACCAAAUGCUCAAGAAAAAAUUUCAUGCGACUGAUUUGAAGUUCAAUUUUACCCAUAAUAAUCCAUACAAACCUGUUUUGGAGGUAGUUCCUGAUGGAAAGAUAGGAAAGAAAUUAACUUUCCGAAUAUAUGUUUCGGGCGACGAAAAAUCUUUCAAAUUGAAUCGAUUUGUUCCUUGGAACAGUAAUAUUCGGGACAGUCUGUUUCGCAAAAAGAAAGAGAAUGAUGAAGACGAGAUUCCUUUAGCAACGCCAAAUUAUAAUGCAACCGUGUUGUAUGAUUUAACCCAAAAAGCAAAUCAGGCUUGUAUAAAUCAGACUGUAGGGCAGCAAAAGAAUUUAAAGGAUGGAUUGAUCUUAUUGAAAAUCUGGUUACGUCAGAGGAAGUUGGAUGUUGGCUUUUGUGGAUUCAGCAACCAUUUGAUGGCACUGCUUGUCGUAUAUUUGUUCAAACAACGGAAGAUACAUGCUUCAAUGAGCAGCUACCAAGUGGCGAGGAACGUUUGGAAUUAUCUUGCAACAAGUACAUGGAACCUUCCUGAGAAGGGUAUUUCCCUAAGCACCAACUACGGUCUGCCAAAUCAACCAACCUUGGAACAGUUUCACACGUAUUACGAGAUUGUGUUUGUGGACUCAACUGGGUACCUUAACUUGUGCUCCAAUCUAUCAUUGGAAGUGUACUUGGCCAUUAAAUAUGAAUCGCAACGAGCUCUGGAAUUGUUGAACAACACCAAAGUGAACAGCUUCCAGUCUCUAUUUAUGGCAAACAUUCCAAUAUACACGAGAUUCGAUCACUUUUUGAAGAUCAGUAAUGGGAGUGUAAUCGUCAGAGUUUUGAAGGAAUUUGGCCAAAAAGCAGACAGAUAUAGUUUUGCGGGGCACAAUUAUCCGCAGAUUGCUAAAAUGAUUUGCAAGAUAAUUCGGAAAGGUCUUGGCGAUAGAAUUCAUUACAUGCUGCCAAUUGAAGGUAGUUUUGAACCAUGGUCGAUCAAAAAAGAAUCACCGAAGCCGAACAAAUACGUAAACAUUGGUUUCGUACUCAAUCGCGAAACGGCUUGUGAUAUUCUCGAUAAGGGUCCUCAAGCCAAUGAACCAUCUUCCGAAGAGUUUCGCAAAUUUUGGGGUGAAAAGUCACAAUUACGUCGUUUUCAAGACGGAUCGAUUACUGAAGCGUGUGUUUGGGCACCAGCCACGGCUACACCCAUCGUGAAGCGGCUUGUUGUGAAAGAAAUCGUAAAAUACUUGCUCGAUUACCACCUCAAAAUAAAAAGUCGGGAAUGUCAGUACUUUGCAAAUGAAUUCGACUUGGCUUAUAGUUUAGAUAAACUGUUCUAUGUUUUCGAAAUGGGCAGAGAAGACGCUGAGAAUACAAGUUUGAAAGUAAUUCAAAAAUUUGAUGAUAUCGCGAAAAAAUUACGAAGCUGUGACGAUCUUCCGCUGGAUAUUACAUCAGUUCAGGGCAUCUCUUCAGUCUUCCGAUACUGCGAUCCUGUGCCGACAUUAAGUAAUGCCUCACAUUAUAAAGAAGAUGAUAAGUUAGUUUUUCAAGGAUACAAAGUCUGCCGUGGUGUCAUACAGCUGGGAUUGAGCGGGAAGUGGCCAAAUGAUCUGGGAGCAUUGCGUCGUCUCAAAACUGCUUUUCAUAUCCAGAUAGCUCGGACUCUGCGAGAAAAAUUCAAACUAAUCACCCGAGGCGAUAUAAGCGGUGUCUAUAUUUUGAAUGAUGGGUAUUUAUUCAAAGUAGAGAUUUUCCACCAGAAGGAAGUGGCGUUGAUGAAGAAAACGAUUUCAGUGAGAGGCGCAGUGCAGUACGUCGAUACGGUGGAAAGUAUGGAAUUUGAACGAAAAUUGGAUGUUUUACCAAAAGUCACAAGCGCUUUACAUGGAUUAUAUCAAAGGUGUACGAGCUUCGGGCCGACAGUUAUGAUCGCAAAACGGUGGCUCAAUUCCCAACUUAUAGAUUCGUACCUGUGGCCAGAGGAAUGUACUGAACUUUUGGUUGCAUCACAGUUUUUGAAACCUGGAAGUUGCCCAAAUCCCGUUCAACCGCAGACUGGUUUCUUCCGAUUCUUGGAUCUUUUAGCCAACUUUGAUUUUAAAAAUGAAUUAGUUGUUUUGAAUUUCAACGAUGAAAUCACGCAUGAUGAGAUCGUGGAAUUAGAGGCAAAAUUCGCAGCAGAGCGAGAUUCAUAUCCACCUCUGGCAAUCAUCACAUCAUUCGACACUAAGAAGGAUUGCAUUUGGUCCAAACAAUCUCCUAGUCCUCACAUUCUGGCGCGGGUCAUUCUCCUGGCCAGAUUUGCGUUGAGACAAAUCGAUAUUGCAUUUUCGACUCAACGCAUCCUGUUAGCUAACGAAUUGUUUAUUGCGUCGUUGGAUGGCUACGAUGUUCUCAUUACAUUGAAUCCAAAUUUGGUCCGGUCGUGUCACGCUCAUAAUUUCGAACCGCUGCCAAUUGCCGGGAAACGCCUUGAUGUGACGGUACCUGCUGCAGAUUUUGAUCCAGUUCAGAAGGGAUUACAGGAGUUACGAGACGGGUUUUCUGAAUUUGCUGUGUUCUUUUAUAAUCCAUGCGGUGGAAAGCAUAUAGGUGUGAUAUGGAAACCCGAAUGUUUUACAGAACGAGAAUUCAAGAUUGGCAAUGUGAAUGGAUGUUUUGUUGAGGGGAACGGUGUUGUUAAGUGUAAUGUGACGCAACUUAUUAACGAUAUUAAAAUUACCUUGAAAGGAUUGUUUGCUAAUGUGGAAGAUUUAAGAGCAAAUCGAAUAAAGGCGCAGUGAGGAAUCGAAAA